AGUCGAAAUGAACGGCCUGCCUAACUGUAUAAAGGGCCUCGACGAGAUGCGCUCAUAUUGUCUACGCCGUCCCCGAGAUGUUUUCCACCAUCCUGACGAUAUCUGCGCUCAUAGCCUCGGUGGCAGCGUACACGAACCCUCUGUGGAAUGAUGGCAAGGGUGCCGAUCCCUGGAUGUUCGCCGCCAACGACGGCUACUACCUCACCUACACCGCCGGCAACCACGUCGAGAUUCGGUACUCCCCUACCCUCACCGACUUCCACACUACAGACCCCGUCGUUGUUUGGGAGCCUUCGAGCGACAUGGGCGGCGUCUGGGCGCCCGAGAUGCACUUCAUCGACGGGAGGUACUAUGUAUACGUCGCGGUGACAGAGAAUGGCGACAACUCGGGGCAUCGGAUGCAUGUGCUGGAGGGAGAUGCGACGGACCCGCUGCAGCCCUACAAGCAUGUCGGGAACGUCAGUACGUCGGACGACAAUUGGGCGAUCGAUGGGACGGUGAUGCAGUAUAAUGGCACGAACUACUUCAUCUGGUCCGGCUGGACAUCGAACGACGAUGUGCAGAACCAGCAUCUCUACAUCGCACGGAUGGAUGGCCCCACGAAGCUUACCGGGGAGCGCGUUCUUCUUCAUAGUCCUACCGAGAGCUGGAUGCGCUCGGGCGACUCGGGCGUGAACGAGGGACCAGAGAUCCUGGUGCAUGAAGGAAGGACCUUCCUCACGUAUUCUGCCGCUGGUUCGUGGACGGAGGACUACUGCCUCGGCCUCAUGGGCAUAGACAACGGCGCCGAUCCCAUGAAUCCCGAGAACUGGUGGACCAUCGACGACCGCCCCGUCUUCCAGAAGAGCAAUGUAACUUUUGGUGUCGGUCAUGCCUCAUUCGCGCUCGACAGGGAGGGCACACCGUACAUCGUCUACCAUGGCAUGUCCAAGCCCGACGGCGGCUGGGAAGGUCGCACUGUCCGCGCGGAGGCCUUCAAGUGGAACGAAGACGGCUCGCCCAACUUCCCUGCGCCUUCCGCUCUCGGCGUUGAGCUGCUCGACUCUGCCUAGAGGCUCCCAAAUCUCUCCCACGUCCCAUUGUCGGGCAGGC